GUCAAUAAGUGAGCAUUAUACUGAACCGUUGAACGAGAGCGCAAGCUGUCACGUGCCCAAUCAGUUGAGCACCUCUGCCUGAAAGCUUUCAUCAGCCCAGCCAUCCUACGCACCCAACGAUUAGAUGCAGAAAAUUACCACGCACAAAUACCACUGAUAGUCGAUGCUGGAACGUGUGCGAUCGCGACGGCGAACGAGAGUCAGCUUUGGUAAACCCAUACCAAAGAAAAGUGGUGUUCAACACCGUCGUUCAACAUCCAUCAAGACACCAUAUCAGCCCGCACAAAUCGCAGCUCCGAGUGGUGGUAACAAUAACUCACACCACUUCAAGCUGUCGGGGGAAAAAACGAUCGAGCAAACGGAGCUUCCACAUUGUGCUGGAGUUCGAUCUGGGAUGCAGUCGCGCAUCUGCGAGCAAAAGUAAUUUAGCCGGACGACAAUUAGAAGCACGUUUCCUGCAUUGAUCGGGUGCAAUUAAUAUUCAGUAGUCGCGGGUGGAAAAAGUGUGACGCUGGUACAGCAGGAUCCCGCAGGAGGAACCCACGUGAAAACUCCAUCGAAAGCAAGAACCGGAUCAAUUGUUGGUCGCUCGGUUGAUUCCGCGAGAUCGUGAUCUUCGACCAGGGCAAAGCGUGGAGCGCCGCAUCGACCCGGAAUUCCGAUAGCUGGCUCCAGUCGGUCGGCAUCGUGGUUGCUGAAAAGCAGCGACAGCUGACUGGCCGGCGCGACAGUGACCAUCCGUCGAGAAAGUGCAACCGUCCGACACGCCGUAGUGGAAGAAACGCAAAAGGCCCCGCAAGGGGUUCUUUUUCCCGUUUUUCUUAUUGGAUUUUCGGCAUUCUAUCAGUCGGACCGUAGACUGGCGUGACAUCGAUCCACGAUCGGCGAAGGACGAUUCUUCAACCAAAGCAAAUCCCCAGCGGGACCGUUCAGAGUCCGGUGACGGCGAGGGAGUGAACCCGACCGAAGAGAGGACGACUAUAUCGGUCACGUGAGUUUCUCCUCACGACGGGAGGUUGAAUCCGAUGGUGCUUUGUGGUGGUGCAGGGCAGGCCGCGAGCGGUCAAAAGCGGAUGGGCUGGCAACUCGCCGUGCCAAGCGAACGGGCCGACCUGGUGGCGACGGAUUGAGGCGGUACCGUGAGUACCUAAUUCUAGUUUAAGACAUGACUGCAAGACCAUUAGCAUAAGAUUUAGCGAGGAGUAGGGUUCAGGUAGGCCGAAGAAAGAUGGCAAAUACAUGUAAUUAAAAUGUUAAUUUUGGCUUUGUGAUUUCGUUGGUGUCUUGGCCCUUUUGGUGUCUGCUUUGUGUUUCGCUUCGGUAGUUUUUGCUCUGCCCCUACCGGGAAACUUGCAACACUGGCGCCCAACUGAAAAUCCACACAUUAUGAACUACCGUUUAGCGUUUUGAGUUUUGGUUUUGUUGAGAUUUGGAUUUGUGCAAUUUCGAUUAUCUGGCAUACGAUUAUCGAAACAAUUUUAGCCCUUACGCAUAUAAGAUUCAACAUAAGACAUGGAUUACACACACUUAACAGAUGAGGAGGUGACGUAUGAGUUGGCUCUGCGUCACGUGGUAAAUUUAGGGCCUACCACCCACAGAGGAAAGGUCCUCCGUCUAAAGGCACUCGUCCAGGAGGAAGCCUUAAGAGAUAACCAGCCCACUAGCUCAGCCCAUGUAAUGAGUCCACAGUCUAACAUUGAACACUGUGAAACUCAGAUACAGCAGCUGCACAUUAGCACUGAAGCGGCCAUUCGAACAGCCGAUAGGGCUGCAAUCAGUCAAAGCCGAACGCGUCUUAUCCACUAUCGCGACAGAUUACGGUUAAUCCACCCUCCGGUCGAACUGAGAGAGCUGCAUGGGAUGCUAACCAUGCACGUGACGGUUUUGCUCAACAAAGUGAAUGGUACUAGUGUAGUGAGUUGUGUGCAACGAGGUGAGAAUGAGGUGAACCACACAAGUUCAACGGGUGCCAUAAGAAGAAGCAACAACGAAGAGGAAGGAGCAGUCGGUGGAACGGCGGAUGCCACGAUUCCAGUGGGCAACAAUUCAAAUCAAGAAUCCACACCACCGCCAGCAUCACAGCCGCCUCUGAUGACGUCAUUCUCGGGUGGACAGGGACGAGGAUUGCUGUUUUCGAGUUCGUUUCGAGCGCGAGACAACGAAGAUGGAGGUGAAACACAGCCUAGACAACGGAACACCUCACCACCGCCUCCCUACCUUCCACGGGAGCGAGAAACAUGGAACCGGACAGCUCGAGAAACACAAUCACGAGAAGUUCACGAGCUGCAAUCGAGAUUAGUGGAGAUGCAGGAAAGAGAGCGGCGGAUGCACGAAGAAUACUGCCGAAUGCGGGACGACCUGGAGCGGCUAAUCCGGCGAGAUCGACCAGCACCGGAACGAGCGGACGAUCGCCGAAUACAGAAGGCGGUGCACAACUGGCCUUUCAAAUUUCGCGGCGAGAAGGACACGACAUCACUCAACGUGUUCCUAGAUCGCGUGGAGACAUUCGCGAGGUCGGAAGGUAUGAGCGAUGCCACACUCCUGAGUUCGAUCAAGCAUCUACUCCAGGAGGACGCAAUCGACUGGUACUCGCGAGCAACAUCGCAAAACCUGUUGCGGACCUGGGACCAGUUCAAGCGAGAGAUCAGAAGGGAAUUCCUGCCCAGCGGAUACUCCCAAAUUCUGCGUCUGGAAGCCAGCUUUCGAUUUCAAGGAAGGGAGGAAUCCUUUGCGAAGUUCUACCGAGACAUCUCAGCGCUCUUCCGCUUCGUCGAUCCACCAAUUCCAGACGACGAAAAGUUCUUCCUGGUGAAGAAAAACAUGAACGAGAACUACGCAGCCAUCGUAACAGCAGCGAGGCCUCGUUCACUGGAAGAAAUGGUGGAAGUCUGCACCGGAUACGACGAGACGAGGAUGCUUCUGAACAGGCAACGCAGGAUUCCCAUUCCGCACAGCGCGCUUCUGGAACCGAACUUCGCUACACCAGUAGUAACCAGCAGACCACCACCGAUACAGCAUCACCAACAGCCACAGCGAUUCAACAGAGUUCACGCCGUGGAGGUAGAAGAAGGCGCAUUCGAGCACGAAGCAGCGGAGGAAGGACCAGAAGACAAUUGGCAGCACAUCGACGAGCUGGUGGAGCAAGUCAACGCGUUGAAGUUGAACAUUGAGCGGAGAUCUGCGAGACCAAGCUUUGCCGCACGCGACGAAAGGCAGACAAGGCCAACGGAUAGGUACAACCGGACAGAGGCUGACGUCCUGCGAGCAGCGCGGCAGUACACAAGAGAGGCGCAAACGCCGGCACAGCAGCAGCGGCCGCAAACCGCAUCGUACCAGACUCGGCUACCACAACAACAGCAAGAACAGCCGCAAAGAGCACAGGGCUGGCAUGCACGACAGUGGAUGCCAAGCUCGGAUCAGAGCGACAAUAACCGAAGAAGCCAACGUAUGCUGCCAGAACCAGCCAGGCAACGGGAAGAUCGCCAAAUACAACAGGAAGAAGCUCCGAACGGCCAACGAAUAGCAAUGCUUUGCUGGAACUGCGACGAGGAGGGUCACAGAUUCAUGGACUGUCCGAAGCCGCAAGCCAUCCUAUUCUGCUACCGUUGUGGAAGGAAAGGCUACUCGCUGCGCAGUUGCUUCACGUGCCGCAUGGACGCGGUAAACUACCAAGCGGAGAACCAGCAGUAGAGGGGA